UUCUCCAUUUUUCAAAUGUUCUGAAAAAUGCCUUAAAUAACUGAGGUAGCCUAUCGAUUUCCUCUCCUCUGGCUCGGGGCUCCAUCGGAGGAAGAUUGCAGCCAUCAGCUGCACCAAUCCCGCCGGCCGGAAUAAUCAAGCUCCAUCUCACUCAGCAUCGAUCGCUGGCCAAUGCCAUCUCUCAUCGACGGCGCUGCGUCGCUGCGGUCGCUGCUCCGGCCGACCACCGAUGAGCGGCGGGCGAAGCUCUCGGGAGCGGGGGCAGGGGGCGCCGUGGGGCUCUUCAAGAUGUUCAAGCUCCUACCGAUGCUCACCACGGGCUGCAAGAUGGCGAAGCUGCUCGGGCGGCACAACAGGGUGCCCCUCCUCGCCGACCACGCGCCUACGGUGACGCUGUUCGGGCACCGGCGCGGGCGGCUGAGCCUGGCCAUCCACGAGGAUACCCGCGCUCCGCCGGUGUUCCUGAUCGAGCUGCCCAUGCUGGCGGCCGCGCUGCAAAGGGAGAUGGCCACGGGCACUGUGAAGCUGGCGCUGGAGAGCGACACGCGCAGCGCGCGGCGGCGGCUGAUUGAGGAGUACGUCUGGGCGGUCUACUGCAACGGGCGCAAGGCCGGCUACGCCAUCCGGAGGAAGGACGCGUCCGACGACGAGCGGCACGUCCUGCGGCUGCUGCGCGGAGUGUCCAUGGGCGCUGGGGUGCUGCCGCCGCCGCCCGACGAGAGGGCGGGCGCCGCCACGCCGUCCGCGGGGCCCGACGGCGAGCUCACAUACAUGCGCGCCCGCGUCGAGCGCGUCGUCGGGUCCAAGGACUCCGAGGCGUUCUACAUGAUCAACCCGGACGACGGCAGCGACAGCGGCGCCCGCGGCGGCGAUAGCGCGCCGGAGCUGAGCAUUUUCCUUGUAAGGAAGAAGUGAGGAAAAAAAUAGACAGUACGUAUACUGUUUUCUUCUGAAUGCGUGUGUACAU